AUGCUGGGUUUAUCAAUGAAUCAUUCCAUUGAUUUUGAGAAAAUUCUGUGUUAUCCUGUAAUUCCGAUCCCAAUGUCCUUGUAUCAUCUCGAUGGAACAAUCUGUAAAACAGAGAAGUCGGCUAUCGUGGCAGUUUUUGAAAAGCAGCACCAACAAGGAGACACACCCGUCAUCUUCGAUGUUGUUUUAGUUGAUGGCUUCUUUCUUUUACAUACACUACGUGAUGAUCCAGCAACGUUUGGUAACAUAUCAAAAAAAAUUAUGUCAUGUUUAACUGCUACUAAAGCUCCUAGAGUUGACAUAAUUUUUGAUCAAUACAUCUCUCCGUCGAUUAAAGAUUAUGAACGUAAUUUACGAAAUGAAGAAAAUUCCAUUGAUUUCAAUAUCAAUGGACCUAUGCAAAUUCGAAAAACCUAUUUCAACAAGGAAUUGAAAAAUAUUAAAUUUAAACAGACUUUAGUAAUAUUUUUAAUUGAACAUUGGCGUUAUCCUGAAAUGGUGCCUUUCAUUGUUCAAACAGUAAUCAUUUUAAAUUACGAUUUUUGUUAUUCAUACAAACUCGAAAGUAAUAAUAUUGUACAAACAAUAAAUGAUAAUUUAUAUUGUGAAAAUCACGAAGAAGCCGAUACCUAA